AGGCUGGCAGGUGCAGCUCCUGAUCUUCGCUGUUGUCUUUUGCAUCAGAAGUUCCAGAUGCUGAAUUGUUGUAUCGAAAGGAAGAAGGCCAGAGAUGACUCUCACAAGGUACCCGAGGGGAAAGAAAAGGAACACAGGGUCUCAGGUGCCUGCCAGAAGAGCCGCCAAGGACCAGAGUGUGCAACCAGUGCUUCCAGUUCAACAAGAGAGAUGUCUCAAGGAAAAUCCUGGGACUCGUGGAGUGACAGCGAGGAGGAAUUCUUCAAGUGCCUGAGUGACCAGGGCGAGACUGAGGCGACACAAGCUGAGGGCAGAGCUGAGGGCAGGCUGCACCCCUACAACAACAUGACUCUGCUCAACUCUGCAGAGCCUCUCUAUGCAGCCAACCCCGGCUGUGUCCUGGAGGAUUUUGUGCGCUGGUAUUCACCUCGGGAUUACGUAGAAGAGGAAGUGGUUGAUGAGAAGGUCAACACAAUGGUGAUGGGGACACUCAGUCCCAGGAUGAAGAUCCCAGGCAACAUGUGGGUGGAGGCUUGGGAGACUGCCAGGGUCACACCUGCACGACGCCAAAAAAGACUUUUUGAUGACACCAAGGAGGCCGAGAAGGUUCUGCACUACAUGGCGAUGCAGAAACCUGCAGACCUGGCCCGUCACCUCCUGCCCUGUAUACUUCAUGCAACUAUUCUGAAGGAAGAAGAGUCUGCUGAAGAUAUUCCAUCAGUGCAAAAAACCAUUCAGCAAGCUACAGUUCAAGCGAGCAAGCUCCUGCAGUCCCCCAACCAGGACUACAAGAAGUUAGAGGAUUUCAUUAACCAGCUGCUGAGCAUGGAGACAGUCAUCACUCAAGCUCGCUCGCUCAAGGCCAAGUUCUCCGUUCCUGAGGACGACAGCGGAGAGGCUGCUGAUGAACUGAAGAAGUUUGUGAGCUCCCUGCUGGAGGAACCAGAGGUGGUAGUGACAGGAGCAGGCCAGGGCCUGGCUGGCAGUAUAAUCCACGGACUCUUCAUCAGUGCUCAGAGGGCUGCCCUUCUGGCGCCCGUCGAUAAGGACUUGGGAUCUGACAAGAAGCAAACUGGGGGAAGCAGCAGAGUACCAGACUUCCCUCCUCCAGCAGGCCGGGAGAUCUUGUUGCGCACCUGUGUGCCGCGACCAGCAGCGUACUCCAAGGCGCUGCCUCAGCGGCUCUUCUGUGUCCAUGAGGAGGAGUUUAGGUUGACCGGAGCCUUUUCCACAGACACGUCCUUCUUUUAAGUCCUGUGAACAAUUCACACCUGGGAUAAAGAUAAGUGAAGGACACAGGAUGGAGACUUUCACAUGUAUGAACGUGGCCAUGGAGUAAGAUCAUAGAAAUACAUUUCUUCAUUUGUUUGCUUUAUUUGUAAGAAUGGUGCAAUAUUUCAGCAUCUACGGCUCGCCCAAGCUUAAAAGCAGGAAGCAGUAUAUUACUGGCAUUGAUUAAGAAGCAUUUAUGGCUUUGUCUGGAAAUAUGUGAAACUACAUCCUUCUCUGUAUUCAUAAAUCUGCAGCUUCCUGCAGCUGUGAUAAAACAGUUUCACACUAAAACCUUCAUUUUACCUUCAAA